AUGAGUAAUUCACUGGAGGAGCGCCUUCGUGCCAAUUCAAGCGCUUUUGAUGGUUUAUUGGCUUUAAUUCCUGCCAAAUACUAUUACGAUGAAACAAGUCAAGAUCAAUGGAAGGCCAAGAAGAAAACUAAAGUACAAAGUAAAAGUGACAAAGUGAAAAAACUGGAUCCCGAACAACGUGAUGAUGAAACAUCCAGUGCUCUAGAAGUUAUGAAAAAGAAGGAAAAAGAUGCCAAGCCAGUGGUAUUGCCUGGCGAAAAACUCAAGCUCAUGCAGAAGCAGAAACAGAAGCAGAAGGAAGCAGCAGUAGAAGAAGAGCAGGACUCCAAGCUAGAGGUGAAACAGGAUGGUCCUAUAAUGGCAGCAUUAGAAGAAGAGGAAGAUAUCAAGGUAAUCUUUGAUGAUGAAGGAAACGAAAUACCAUUAGAAUCUGAGAAAGACACCAAAGAAGUUAGUAAGAUUAACGAAAAGAAAACUAUCACAGAAGAAGAGAAGUUACAAAAGAAGAAGAACUUGGAGGCUUUGCGUUCUAAGUUACAGGCCAGAAUCUCAGAUAUGAAGACUAAAAGGAAAGCGCCUGGUUCUAGAGAAGCUAUUCUUGCUCAAAGGAAACGCAAGGAAGAACUAAAGAAGAGGAAGCGCCAAGAAAACGAACAGGAACAGGAACAAGAUGAAAAUGGAUCUGAUUCCGAUGUGGACGAAAUCGAUAGUGAUUUGGAAAACAAUUCGAAAAGAAAAUUCAAGAAGGCCAAAAGGGACUCAGAGAUUAAUGCAGAUGGUGUGAUGUUUCAGAAUAUCAUAUUUGAUGACGGUGCGAGAGCCACGUCAGACCUACAGAGAUUGAGAAAGGCUGGUAGAACGAAAGGCCCAUCCAAGAACGACGCUAAAUCCCAAUUAAAACUUUUGGAAGCCAAGAAGAACAAAAUGGAAGCCAAGGACGAACUAGAACAAAUCAAGUUGAAGGAAAAGGAAAAGUGGCAAAAGGCGAUGUUACAAGCAGAAGGUGUUAAGAUCAGAGAUGACGAGAAGCUGCUUCGUAAAGCCAUAAAGAGGAAGGAAACACAAAAGAGGAAAUCCGCAUUUGAAUGGAAAGAACGUAAGCAGGUUGUGGAGGAUACGAUAUCUGAAAGACAAAAGAGAAGAGAAGAGAAUCUAAGGAUCAGAAAAGACAACAGAGGUAAAAAGAAGAACAAGCAAGAAAAGAUGAAAAGAAAAUAUGUUGGUAGUGCUGUACCAAAGAAAAGAGCCGGGUUCGAAGGUAGAUUGAAGACGGGCGGUAAGAGAGGAGGAUCCAAAUAA